GGCUGUUCUAACUGCUUGCUCCAGAGACUGGAAACAUCGGAGAAGGCAGUCUUAUUUACAGAAAACCCCUCUUCCGCCCUCCGUUAGCUAAUUAAAAAUUUUCCAGGGACAUUGCCAUCACGAGUUGCGUCGUUUCUCUGGAAGACAGCCCAUUGUUGUUCCAUUGACCUUUCCCCAAUUCCUGAGUCCUCUGGAGUUAUGUCCACAGCUGCCUUACUUACUUUGGUUAGAAGUGCUGGGAACCAGGUGAGGAGGAAAGCGCUGCUCGGCGCCCGCCUGCUGCAGGACGACAGGUGGGUGACGCCCACGUGCCACAGCUCCACUUCAGAGACCAGGUGUUCUCGGUUUGACCCUGAUGGUAGCGGACGGCCAGCCACCUGGGAUAAUUUUGGCAUCUGGGAUAACCGCAUCGAUGAGCCGAUUCUGCUGCCGCCCAGCAUUAAGUAUGGCAAGCCGAUUCCCAAAGUCAGCUUGGCGAACGUGGGCUGCGCCUCACAGAUUGGCAAACGAAAAGAGAACGAAGACCGGUUUGGCUUUGCUCAGCUGACAGAUGAAGUCCUGUACUUUGCGGUGUAUGAUGGCCAUGGCGGACCGUCGGCGGCCGAUUUCUGUCACACCCACAUGGAGAAAUGCAUCCUGGAUUUGCUUCCUAAGGAGGAGAACUUGGAAACUGUGUUGACCUUGGCUUUUCUAGAAAUAGAUAAAGCCUUUGCAAGGCACGCCCACCUGUCUGCUGAUGCGACCCUUCCGACCUCUGGGACUACUGCAACAGUAGCCCUUUUGAGAGAUGGUAUUGAACUGGUUGUAGCCAGUGUUGGCGAUAGCCGAGCUAUCUUGUGCAGAAAAGGAAAACCCAUGAAGCUGACAAUUGACCAUACUCCAGAAAGAAAAGAUGAAAAAGAAAGGAUUAAGAAAUGUGGAGGUUUUAUAGCUUGGAAUAGUUUGGGGCAGCCUCACGUGAACGGCAGACUCGCGAUGACCAGGAGUCUUGGAGAUCUGGAUCUUAAAACCAGUGGUGUGAUAGCAGAACCAGAAACAAAGAGGAUUAAGCUACAUCAUGCUGAUGACAGCUUCCUGGUCCUCACUACAGAUGGCAUUAACUUCAUGGUAAACAGCCAAGAGAUCUGUGACUUCGUCAAUCAGUGCCACGAUCCCAGUGAAGCCGCCCAUGCAGUUACUGAACAGGCAAUACAGUACGGUACUGAAGAUAACACUACUGCAGUAGUGGUGCCUUUUGGUGCUUGGGGAAAAUACAAGGCCUCUGAGAUCAACUUCUCAUUCAGCAGAAGCUUUGCCUCCAGUGGACGAUGGGCCUGAUCACUUGCUGGGACUUGGAGUUUCUGUGCAGUUUCACUGAUUGUGUCAAGAAACUGAUCAGAUUUUAAAAAGUUGACUGUACCAAGGUGACCCUAGGACUCACUUGAUCAGUACACACAUCACUAUAAACUUAGUAACCAUCUACAUAGUAGUUUUUCAUAAAUACCUGUCAUAUUUAUGUUCAACUAACUGUACAUACUCAGUAUAAAUA